GCACGGGGCUGGCCGCGCUCGGGCCGCCAUGUUAGGAUCGUCGGGCCUCCUGACAGGGCUGCCGUGGGCCGCUCGGGAGCGCGGCAUGGAGCCGCAGGUGAACCUGCGUGUCAGCUGCCGCGGGGAGACCCAGAGCUUCCUGGUGUCCGACUCGGCGCACACGACGUGGGCGGAUGUGGAGGCCAUGGUUAAAGUUUCAUUUGACCUGGACAACAUUCAGAUCAAAUAUAUUGAUGAAGAUAAUGAUGAGGUGUCUGUGAAUAGCAAAGAGGAAUAUGAAGAAGCUCUGAAGAUUGCAGUUAAACAAGGAAAUCAACUUCAGAUGAAUGUGUAUGAAGACAACUCUUCUCUGAAAGAAGCCUCGUAUUGUUCUUUGCAUCCACAUGAAAAAACUGUGUCAGGAAAGAUGACACUUGAUAAAGAUGAGAAGAAACCUCUUUUGCACUACUCUGUGCUAGCUGAGGGGUUAGAGGAAGAUUUAAAAAAUGAGACGGAGCUGACAAUUCAGGAAAAGUUAAAUCACACUAGAACUGGAAGAACAAAUGAAAAUCCUCCAGAAUGGUUCACUAGCUACUUGGAAACAUUCAGGGAACAAGUAGUUAAGGAAACUGUUGAGAAACUGGAGCAAAAGCUGUAUGCGAAGCUUGUUCAUCACAAUCAGCCUCCAGAUAUUUCUGAGAGCUCUAUUGCAGCAGCACCUGCAACUUCAGAGAGCCAGCUGGGGAAUGGCAACCAGUGUGACUGGCUGAUCUCCUGCUGCAACUGCCAGGCCCGAAUUGUUGGAGUUCGCUACCAGUGCAGCCUUUGUCCAGCCUACAGUAUCUGUGAACAGUGUGAAGCAGGAACAUAUGCACAUGAUCCUAAUCAUGUUUUGUUAAAGCUGAGAAGACCCGUGCUGUGUAUUGCUGAGAAUUACAGCCUUGCUGAGUGCUCACCUCGCCUGCCUGCUACUCUGGAGCAAGUUAGGCUUCAGAAACAGAUGGACAAAAGAUUUCUGAAGGCAGAAAAGCAAAGAUUACGAGCGGAGAAGAAACAGCGAAAGGCAGAGGUCCGAGAGCUCAAAAAGCAGCUAAAAUUGCACAGGAAAAUUCAUCUGUGGAACUCGGUCCAUGUAUUGGAAACUAGUGGCUCACCUACUGUGAAAUCUGAGAGCCUCCAACCUAAUACCUUCCUGAGUCCUAGUCAACCCUUCCAAGCAAUUGUCCCAACACUAAGUGCGGUAUUUGUGGAUGAGAAUUUGCCAGAUGGGACUCGCUUGCAACCAGGAACAAAGUUUAUCAAACACUGGCGAAUGAAAAAUACUGGCAAUGUGGAAUGGAGCUCAGACACAAAGCUGAAACUUAUGUGGGGAAAUCUGACCUUGGCAUCUGCUGAGAAAAAAGAUGUGUUGGUGCCAUCCCUUCCAUCAGGACAAGUGGGAACUGUUUCGGUGGAGUUUGUGGCUCCUAAUAUAGAAGGAACUUACACCUCUCACUGGAGACUGUCACACAGAGGGGAACAGUUUGGGCCCAGGAUCUGGUGCAGUAUUGUUGUAGAUCCCUCCUCAACUAAUGACUAUCUAGAAAGCAGUUGGAAGAAUUCUGAUUCCUGUCAGAAGGAUAAAGCUUCCAGCACCAAACAGGACGCUUCCUUAAAGACAGAAGCAGAUGCUCAACUGAUGGGUGAAAUCAUGGAGCAGGCUGAAAUACCUCUGCCAACUAUUCCUUUAAAAAUCAAAAAUCUGCCAAGUGAGAGAGAAUUUUAUAUCCCAUCUGUUGAUCUCCUCACUGCACAGGAUUUGCUGUCCUUUGAGCUGUUGGACAUCAAUAUUGUGCAGGAAUUGGAGCGAGUGCCACACAACACUCCUGUUGACAUGACUCCAUGUAUGUCCCCUUUGCCACAUGAUAGCCCCUUGCUGGAGAAACCUGGCUUAGGUCAGAUAGAGGAGGAGAACGAGGGGAGUGGAUUUAAACCGGUGCCUGGAAUGACGGAAGCCUGCUUUCCUGCAGAUAGUUGUAUAGUGAAAGUGAAAGCUGAACAUCCAUGUAACCAGGAAGAAGGGGAAGAAGAUAUGAGUGGGACGCAGUUUGUCUGUGAAACUGUAAUUCGCUCUCUGACCCUGGAUGCUGCACCUGACCAUAAGCCCCCACAGAAGAAGAAAAUCCUCCAGAGCUCUUUACAAACAUUGCAAGACACCUUCAGCUGCAACAUGACAAAUAAGGAAUCUCCUAGGACAAAAUCUAAUUCCACUUUCAAAAAGGAAACAAAGAUUCAUCAGUCAGAGGCAAUGGCAGAAAAUAACAGUGGGGACCAUCUCCUGUCUGAUGAGAGAGCAAGCCCCUGCAGUGACACUGGCAAUUCUGAUGAAGAGGAAGAUGAUGAUAAAGAUGAUGUUCAAAGUCAAGGCUCUUCUGCUUCAUCAGAGGAUUAUAUCAUUAUUCUCCCCGAGUGCUUUGACACCAGUCGUCCUUUAGGGGAGUCUAUGUAUAGUUCGGCUCUUUCUCAGCCCAGUUUGGAAAAGACAGGAGAAUCUGAAACAGGAGCAGAAAAUCCAGAAGGGGAGAGGCAGCCACAGAUCCACAGCAUCAACGAUAUUUUGACAACUUCACAAACACUGGCUGUAGUACCACUAACCCCAGAGAUUGUGGACACCUUACCACAGACACAAAGGAAUCUUGCAUCUCAUCAGAAUCAUAUCUUCCAAGAACCAAACAUACCGGCUUCAGAGAAUAUCUCUUCCACUCCCCAUAAUCAGACAAGAGAAGGUAUUGACAAACCCAGCGGUGAAGACAGUCGUGGACCAGGAUCUUCUGAAUUUCCAGCUAGUAAACAGAAGUGCUCGGAAUACCCAAGAUACCCUCAAGGAAGCAGCAUUGCAGGAGAACUAGUUAAGGGAGCUUUGUCCGUUGCUGCUUCUGCCUACAAAGCAUUAUUUGCUGGACCACCCGUCCUAGAACAGCCUGCAGCUGCAGAAGAGCGCACUGCCACUCUUCUGUCCAGUCUGUGUGAGAUGGGGUUCUGCGACAGGCAGCUAAACCUGCGCCUGCUGAAGAAACACAACAAUAACAUGGUUCACGUGGUAACUGAAUUGCUUCAGAUCAGUAACAGCGACUGGUACAGCAGUAGAUACUGAACCUUCCUGGUGGAGAAAGGAGUAGUCUUCGUUGCGUAAACUCUGGUUAAACACUACAACAGUAGCAGGCUGCUCCUCAGCUGCUUUCUGUUUGGAAGUGAGACUAAAACUUUGGCUUUUCUCUGAGCGUUUGACUUCUCUUUUUUUUUUUUUUUUUUUUUUAAUGGAAAUGUCAAAUAGUGCUUGUCACAGCAUCUCAUAAAUUGGAGACCAGAAGAAUUUCAACUGUUAUUUGAACCUCGUAGUUAAAUGAGUAGUGUUGAAGUCUCUAAUUUCAUGCUGAAUCCUAUUAUCAGGGAAUCCUGUAGAGUUACUUAAACUUCCACCCAAAUGAAAACUUCCCCUUUUAUUGUGUGUAAGAGGUUUGGGUUGUUAGGUUUUUUUGGGUUUUUUUAGGCAGCUGGAAACUUGUUAUGUUGACUUAUAACAAGCUUUGGAAUAGGAACCAAUGUAAGAAGCUGCUGUAAGAUGUAGUCUUGCCUAAUUUACAAGAGAUGCCCACAACUAGCAAGUUGUUUCUUCUGAUAUGAGUUAGUAAUUGAUUUGUCCAAUGCAUGAUAGUAAUGUAAUAGAUUUAAAACUUACAAAUGAUUCUUACAAGAAAAAGUUUGCUCAUACAUGAAAAAAAGUCUUGAACCAUCAAACAACUUCUGAGAAGUCUGAAAGUGUAACCGCUGUUAAACUGAUGAAUAUCAGGAAAGUGAUUUUUUUCUUGUAGCAGAAUGAAGCAGGAGAGUGAAUUUACCAGCAGCAAUUGAGUCACAUCUAGUAAUGAUUGUGCAAAACAUCUGCCUAAUGGGAAAAUAUAGCCCACAUACAAUAUUCUGUUAAAAAUGGAGUGUAAGGGUAGGAAAGGCCUUUCUAAGAAUCUCCACAGACUUUUUGUAAAAAAAAAAAAAAAAAAAAAAAAAAGUUAGAUUUGACCACUGUUUUCAGUAUAGUGUAAACCUCUUACUCUGUUAAUACCACAUAGAAGAAUGGAGGAAUGUGUAGAAACUCAGACCUGGAGUACAAACUCUGGUAAUGUUUAGGAAUGGAAAGAGUGCUUGAGGUAGGGAUUGUGUGAGUUAAUGCGUUUUUCAAACUAUAAUUUAACUUAAGCACUUUUAAGUGUACGUACAGUCUUUUGUGAUGGUUCUAGCUGCUCCUGUGUUUCCAUAGACACAUCUGUAGGAUUCAUGUUUCUCACAAGAUUUUGCUUCAGAUGCCCGUAUUUAAUUUGGAAAUCUAAGAAUUCCCUUCUAAAUGUGCUGAGAGAGAUUUGAUUCUGAAGAAUCAGAAACGAACUACAUACACUGCUGUGCAGUGGUGUAUCCAUAGAUAACUCUUCAGAGUCCAGUCCCUCUGAAGGUGACGGCAGUGUUGGUUACGUUCUUACUUCCAAGCAAACUUUUUUCCUUGCUGCAGUAAGAGACCAUUGAUUCUAAAAUAUUUUCUAGUGCUGCUGCUUCGAACUAAGGUGUUCCUCUUUUGUCACAACGUUAGCUGAAGAAGUAGCAGUAUUGUGACUGACCAGGUGAUCAGUAGUAGUAAUUUUUUUAAGAGACGUAAUACACUUAGAGAUAAGAUACCAUUCAAAGAAUUAAAGAAAAAAAAAUGUAUCAUACCAUUUUUGUUUUAAACCUAUUUUUAUAGAUUGUGGAAGAUAUACUCUUAAAUGUUUAUUUUGAAAUACAGUAGAACUAUUUUGCAGUGUUUCCCAUCUCUCUGUACACCAGUACAGCUGUCUGCUGUGGACCAGAUAAAGAUCCUUCUGUAACUUGAAACUGCUGGUUUUUUCCCCACAUUAACUUGUGUGUACUGUUUUGAGUACUUCUUGGCUUAUGCCUCUCUGGAACAGGGAGGAGGAAAGGACGGUGAAGUGCAGUAGCUGGUGGAACUCUUAAGUGUAGUGUGGUUCCUGCGUUGAUCUGGACCACCCAGCAGGACACAUGUUCUUUCGGUGUGUACGUUCGUACGUAGCAUGUUGAUGAGUUCUAUACACUAACGAAACACUAAAAUGGAGGAAAGGACACUUCAUUGCAGAUUGAAAUGUGAAGUGUGAAAUGCUGUUUUCUUUAGAUUACUUUUUACUAGGGUUUAGAUAAUGUAUGCUCAGGCUUAAGAUAGAUAUAUUUCUGUUGGCUUUGUAUAUUUUGUUAAUGGAUGCAUGGUAUAAUUUAUAAUAUAUUCUAUAGUGCAGACGUGA